AUGUUUAGAUCUAGGCGCGCUUUAUUGAGACCUGCAAAUUUCUUCAAGCUGUUUCGAAAUCCCCUACUACAGCGCUCAUUCACAAACUCCCGCAACGUCGCCUACUCUUCCCUUGAGAAUCCACCAAAAGGCCAUGACCCACAGAAACCAGAUCGAGACCCUCCAUCACCUCCAUCGCAGGAAAGCGAACAUUUAAAUACCAACAAAGCAGCCGCGAGCUUCCUGGGCACCACCAAACGCCUCCCUGAGUUCAAUCUCACGGACAAAGUCAUCCUUAUCUCGGGAGCAGCCCAAGGCCUGGGCCUAACCCAAGCGGAAGCUGUCCUUGAAGCUGGUGCUACCGUUUACGCCCUCGAUCGCAAGCCAGAACCCUCGCCAGACUACUAUCGGGUCCAGAAGCGGGCAGCGGCGGAACUUGGGACGACGCUGUAUUAUCGCCAGAUCGAUGUUCGGGAUGUGAAGGGCCUGAAUGAGAUCGUAACAGAGAUUGGAUCUAAACAUGGCAAGAUGGAUGGAUUGAUCGCUGCGGCCGGCAUACAGCAAGAGGUCCCAGCGUUGGAGUAUACUGCUGAGGAUGUGAACAAGAUGAUGGAAAUCAACGUGACCGGCGUGUUCAUGACGGCUCAGGCUGUGGCCAAGCAGAUGAUAAGGUUCGGUAACGGGGGCAGUAUGUGUCUGAUCGGGAGCAUGAGCGGUACUGUUGCAAAUCGGGGUCUAAUUUGCCCAGCCUACAAUGCGUCAAAGGCUGCGGUGCUUCAACUCGCUCGCAAUCUCGCUUCGGAAUGGGGAGUGUACGGCAUUCGAGUGAACACCCUGUCCCCUGGCUAUAUCGUGACUGCCAUGGUGGAGGAGCUGUUUAAACUGUACCCUGAGAGGAAGACAGAUUGGCCGUCCCAGAAUAUGUUGGGCAAGCUGAGCAAGCCAGAGGACUUCCGAGGGGCGGCAGUCUUCCUCUUAAGUGAGGCGAGCAGAUGGAUGACGGCCACAGACCUGCGCAUCGAUGGAGGCCAUGCUGCAUGGUAA